AUGCUCAAAUUCAUCCGUGGCAAGGGCCAACAGCCCUCGGCAGAACGUCAAAAAAUCCAAAGAGACCUGUUUGCUUUCAGAAGGGUAAAAAUGAUUUUUGUCUUUUUGGUACACACAAACGUGUGUCAACUGUCAUAUUAAAUUUUCAAUAAUUAGUCUAUUACUCUUUAAUCCUCCAUGUACCGUAUGUUACCCAACCGGUUACUGGCAUCAAUCUAUUAUUUUUGCGAUUAAUUAAUUUUAAAUGUCAAACUAAAAGUUUUUAAUUUUUAUAAUCAGUUUAAAUACAAUACUAACCUAGUAUACCUGAUAAUUUUAGACUCUACAAUAUGGAUUUCCAAAUAAACCGACAGCGCUUGCUUGGGAUCCAUUGUUACGCAUUAUGGCUAUUGGAACUUCAACUGGAUCAAUCAAAGUGUAUCCUUUUACUUAAAUUAUUUAAUUUUAUAUACUCGAGAACUCUGGUCAUCCAAUCAAGCGUCAAUAAUCUAGUGAUACCUUUAGUUUUGUCUUUGUUAUUUAAUUAAUAAAUUCACUGUAGUUAAUAAUCAAUGAAACACACUAAAUAUUUGAAUGGUACUUUUAUUAGCAACUACCCAUCAACAUUAAUUUUUUUUUUUAUUCACAAUAUAAAUAUAUUAUUCUAGUUUAGUUGUUCAUUUAAUAACCAAAAAAUGUAGCUAUUAAUUUUUGAAAUUUAAACUGUUGUACAUAUAUUAUCCAAAUACCUAUAGGUAGGUACAUAGUUUGUUUUGGAAAGUUUUACAUGUUAAAUUAUACAGUAGUUACCAAUAUGAUAACUAUCAGAACAUAAUGAUAGUUUUUCAUGUUUACUAGUGCACUGAAAUCAAAAUAUUGUAUGCAGAAUAAUCAUUUUUUUUUAUUUUUAUUUUUCGAGAUUGUUUUUUUUUAUAAAAUAUGAUGAGUGAUAUGUUAAUCCUUCCCCUCAUAAUUCAGUAACAUUUUUUUUUUAUAUGUAUAUAGUUAAAUCCAAUAAAAUUAAACAAAUACAAUUCACAUAUUUUAUUAUCUAUGUUGCUUUCAAAUUGAAUGAGUUCAAUAUCAAGUCUCUAUGCCUUAUUAAAAUAUGCUCUGUAAAUGAACAACUGACUAGAAAACUGUUUAUUAGAGAGUAUUACUAAGGUGUUUAAUCUGAUUUUUUUAGUGAAUCUGUUGCGACAAGAUGAAUACCCUAUUAAAAACUAUGGUUCCAUUCAUUGAUCUAAGACCCCAUGCUGUCAUUAUUUAUUUGAAACAAUACUUUAAUUAUCACUAUUAUGAAUAUAGAACAAACCUACAUAGGUUAACAUUUUUAAAUCUGAGCUCUACAUCAAGAAAAACUAAAAUAAAUAAACCAAUCAAAUAUGCAUAAAUACAUUGUAAUAAAUUUUAAAUAAUUGACUAUAUAAUAAUCUCAUGAAAUAUUACAUUGAUUAAACUGUUAUCCUAAUAAGAUAAACCAUAUUAUUUUCAGUAUCUAGUAAACCCCCACAUGAUAUACACUAUGUAUUUAAUAACUAAAUAAAAAGUCUUGAAGAAUGUUUGAAACUCUUUUUCUAUUGGCUGUUAAUUUAAACUCUUAACUUAGUAUAUUUGUUGAAAAAAAAUAUUAAUUAAAUAACUUAAAAACAAUUAAAAUUUAUUGCUGAAAUAUUUUUCUUAACCAUAAGUGUGUAGGUUGGGUAAACCUGGUGUUGAAUUUUAUGGUCAUUUACCAUGUUCUGAUCAUGCAAUUACAAAGUUAAUAUUUGUACCAAAUCAAGUAAUUAUAGUUUAUGCUACACAUAAUUAUUAUGAUUGAAAAAGAGUAUAUUAGUUUGCUAAUGAACAUAAUAAAAUUAAUUUAUUCAGGGCCGUUUAGUGUCAUUAUCUGAUGACAAUAGUCUUCAUUACUGGGAAAUAAAUGACAUGGUUAUUGAUGAAGUCCAAUCAUAUCUUUUAGAGGGAAAGUAGGUGUUAAAAUUGUUUUUAAUUUGUGAAUGUGAAUUAAAUUAUACCUAUUAAUAAUUUUAAGGCUUAAACAAAUAUCCUCUGUGUGCCUGGAAUCCAGUUGUGAGAAUUUAUUACUUGGAACCGAAGGAGGAAAUAUAUUUUUUAUUGAUUUAUCAACAUUUGAAUUAUCAGACAAUAUUAUUUAUCAAGAUGUUGUUAUGCAAAAGUAAACGCAUAAAUUAUUAAUGAUAUUAUGUUUUUAAUAAUGUAAAAAAUUCAAUUGUACUUUAUUUAAUUAUGGUGUACAUUUUACUAUAGGGUUUCAGAUGAAUUUAAAAAGAAUCCUGGUGCAGUUGAAGCAAUAGCAGAACAACCUGGAAAUCAAAAUCAUAUUUUAAUAGCUUAUAGUCGCGGAUUAAUUGUUUUAUGGGAUCGAUUAAAUUCAGUUGCUGUAAAAGUAAGAUAAUAUAUAAUUUAAAGUAAAUUGAUGUUUAAAAAAUGAACAUAAUUAUUAUUUUAAUCAAUUUUAGACAUUUGUUAGCAGUCAACAAGUUGAAAGUAUCUACUGGGAAGAAAAUGGAGAGAGUUUUUAUUCAUCUCAUAAUGAUGGUUCUGUGACAAACUGGAAAAUAAGUGAAACAUCCGAUGAAAAUGACAACACUAAUACGAUAUAUGGUCCUUUUCCAUGCAAACCAAUUCCUAAAAUAAUUUGCCAAAAAUCUGCUCAAGAUCUUAAGUAUAUGAAUAAUUUAAACACAUAAUUUAAUUUAAAACAUAAUUUUAUCAAUAUAGUUUUUAUACAACAAUUUGUUUUUAGUGAAAGUUUUCUUAUAUUUUCUGGUGGAAUGCCCCGGGCAUGUUUUGGUGAUCGCCAUGCUAUUACUGUUCGAUUAGGAACUACUAAACAAGUAGCUUUUGAGCUUACUUCAAAAGUAAUAGAUUUUUUUACUACAACUGCUUCAGUUGAUGAAAAUGGUAAUUUAAUGAAUAAUUAUUUGUUAAAAUGGUUUAUUUAAAUGUUAAAUUGUUUGAUUAAUUAAAUUAUUUCUAGGUUGUAGUUUUCUUAUAAUUCUUGCUGAAGAAGAAAUAGUUGGUAUUGAUUUAUCUACUGAAGAUUGGCAGUUAAUUCAAUUACCAUAUCUUGUAUCUAUUCAUGCGAGUGCUAUAACAUUCACUACUUUUGUUUCGGAUAUAAAUGAAGACCUUUGGAAUAAUAUAUUUUCUGCCGGAAAUUUACAAAAUGAUAAUAAUUUUUCAUCGAAUGUAUGUGUUGUUAUUUAUCUUUAAUAGUUCUUGAUAUUUCAUUAAUUUUAUGUUUACCACAUAUUUUUGUGUCAUAAUAUACAUUAUUAAAUUUUAAUGUUUUCAAUAUAUUAUACUUUUAUUGAUAGGAUUGGCCAGUUGAUGGAGGAGAAGUGAAAAUAGCAAAUGAACAAAAUAGAGACCUCUUAAUUACAGGCCACGAAGAUGGUUCUGUUAAGCUGUGGGUUGCAAAUGGAACACCAUUACUUCCAAUAUAUGUGUUCAAAUCAUCAUGGGUGUUGGUGGGUGAUGAUGCAGAUAAUCAUUCCAGUAAUAGUGUAGCCCCGGAAGAAGAUGACGAAGAGUGGCCACCAUUUAGGAAAGUUGGAAAUUUUGAUCCAUAUUCUGAUGACCCACGACUAGCAAUUAAAAAAGUUAUUCUUUGUCCUCGAACUGGUACAAUGAUUGUUGCUGGUACAGCUGGUCACGUUAUAAUAUGCAAAUUUAAUGAUAAAUCAUCUUCAAAUGAAAUAAAGGUGCUACAUUUUACUUUAAAAAUUCAACAAUUUGACAAUGAUAGAAAUGCAUAUACAUUUGAUAAUAGAUCAAAUUACCAUAAUAUUAAAGACAAUUCUAAAUAUGCUGAAUAUAAAUUUAUAAUCUGUUUACACAUUAAACUAAUCAGUAUGUAAUUUUUUAAAUAUAUUUUUAUAUAUUUUUUAAAUUUUGUGUUCAUUAUUUAGGCUAUACAAAUGAAUGUUGUGGGAGAAAGCUUUGUUUGGAAAGGUCAUGAACGUUUGAGUUUAAAACAAUCUGGAGAUGAAGCCAAUAAUAAUAAUGGCAAAAAUAUGACUUGUCUAACAUUUAAAUCAGGAUUUCAACCAACCUCUGUUUUACAAGUAUAUCCGCCUGCAUCAAUAACAGCUGUAGCUUUACAUUCUAAUUGGUCUUUGGUUGCUGCGGGUACAGCUCAUGGUUUGGUACUUUAUGAUUAUUAUCGACAAGCUCCUGUUUUGACAAAAUGCACUUUAAACCCUAAUGGUAAAAAUACAAAUAAAGUGUUUAUAAUACCUAAUUGGUAUAAAUUGAAUAACUUACUUAAUUUGUAUCAACAGACUUGUCUACUGCUGGAGAUACUCCUAUAUCUAGAAGAAAAUCUUUUAAAAAGUCCUUAAGAGAAUCAUUUCGAAGACUUCGAAAAGGAAGAAACUCUACCAGAAUAGUUAAUGACAAAAAAGGAGGAAGUAUUACACCUGAUAGAAAGCGAGAAAAGUUAGUUUUUUUUUUUAUUUAUUUAAUAAUAUAAUAUACAAGUUUGAUAAACUAACUUUGAAAUUACUCUUUUUAAAUGACAUGAUUAAGCAUUGGGCCUGUAUCUCCAAUGGAAGCGCGUCCUGUAGAACGAGCUAUUGAAGCCAGACCAGUUGAUGAUGCGUUGGGAAGUAUGGUUCGAUGUUUAAGUUUUACAAAAACAUUCAUUGUUACAGGUAUUUUAUAAAUAAUUUAUAUUGAUAUUAAUUUUUAAUUUUGUUAUUAUUUAAUUUAAUUUAAAUUAUGCAUUUAAUUAUUUAGCUUCUCACAUUACACCAACAAUGUGGGCUGGUACAAACAAUGGUUCUGUAUAUAUUUUUACUGUUAAUAUACCACCAAAUGAUAAAAGAAAAGAAAGAAGAGUUACAGCUCAACUAGGAAAAGAAAUUCAAUUAAAACAUCGUGCACCUGUGAUCGGAAUUACAGUGAUAGACACAGAAAACCGAUCUGUCACUGAAGUUCAAGAAAAUAGCACGCCGGGUAAACCUUUAGAUAUAUGUGGUCCUCACAAGGUCAUUAUUGCAUCUGAAGAACAAUUUAAGGUAUACCUUUUUUUACUAUCCAAAAUCUCAAUUCACUAAGUUUAUUUCAAUUUUCUGAUUUAGAUUUUUUCCUUACCUAAUCUAAAACCUGUGUGCAAACUUAAAUUAACUGCAGCUGAAGGUGCUAGGGUUCGCCGAAUGUCAAUGGCUUACUUUAAAACUAGCGAUUAUGCAGAAAGUUGUCUCCUUUGUUUAACUAAUUUAGGUGAAGUUAUAGUACUAAGUGUACCAGAUCUUAGAAGACAAAUACAUGCUGCUGUUAUUCGACGAGAAGAUAUUAAGUAUAUUAUUGAACAAUUUAUUUUGGACAUAUUCAUAAUAAUUGUAUAUAUAUGAUUUAUAGUGGUAUUUCAAGUUUAUCAUUCACACGUUAUGGUGAAGCAUUGUAUUUACAUUCAAGUAGUGAACUACAGAGAAUUUCUGUAUCUGCAACUAGUGUUACACAGGUUGAUUGUUCAUUGAAUUUACCUACCAGAGAUCAUCUACCAAAAAGUAGAUCAAUUACACCCAUUAAUGGUUACACAGAUGAUGAACAAGAUGAUUUUCCAAAAGUGAACGGUAUGUAUUUUUUGCUUGAGUCAAUCAAUAAAUUUCAUUAUUUUUGUAUUAUAGGUUUAACAAAUGGUACACAAGAAAAUGGUGAUACUACAUCACAAUUAAAUAAUAGCAAUGAUCUCUCGGUUGGCGAUAUUACCAUAGAUUCUAUCAAAGAUCACUUGGGAAAGUAAGGAAAUAUUUAUAAAUAAAUUGACUAUUUUGUUUUGCAUAUUUUAUUUAAAUUAUUUUUUACUAUUAUGUACAGUUCAAACUCUAAUCUGAAUGUUACAUCAACAUCUAAUAAUGUUGAAAUUAAUAAUCAUUCGAAACUGGUCACUAAACAUGAAUCCUCAACCACUACAACAACUGUAAAAACUUCAAAUUCUACUACAGUGAUUACUAAUGAAUCUAUUACUGUUGACAGUGAGUAUUAAAUUGUUAAUUUUAAACACAUAUUUGAACUAUCACCUAUUAUUACAGUAAAUUAUUAUUUUUAUUAUUAUAGCACUUAGUUUUUGUUGUAUAUUUUUAAUUAAAUAACUAAGUAUUAGCACCUAAAUAGUUUUUUUCAUUUGUCAGAUUUAUCCACAAGUUUAGUUGUAGAAGAUGAUCCAUCGACACAAGCCAAAUUCGAGGUUAGCCAGUCCUAAAUAAAAUAUGGCUAUGCGAAGGCUAAUAUGUUUGUUUAUAUUUAUAAUUUUCAACGUUGAAUGUUAUAAGCAAGUUAGACAAACUUCUUCAUAAAUUGUCUGUGCAGUUAUGCGCAUGUCCAAAUUGCUCUUUGCUAAUUUCUGCUACAUACUUAGUUUAGCUUACAAGUAGUAUCAAUGUACUUUUAAUCAUAAUCAAAAUGGAUGUUACAUAAAAAGAUAACUGGUGUGGGUAUUGAAAUAACUGAUAAUUAAUUAAUUUUAUUCAAGGAAUAUGGACGUUAACAAAAUAUCUAAUGUUAACAGAUUUAUUAAAAAAAAAAAAAAUCUAAUUUGUAUAUAUAUUUUUAAUAUAAUUAUAAUCAUAUCAAAUUGAUUUCUCUUAAACAUAUUAUAAUUGGUGUGAGGGUGAAAUUAAAAUUGUAUACAACAUAACAAAUUAAAAAUGUACGUAGGGAAAAUAAUAUGGAUAUUUUAAUACACUCAAUAUAUUUGGAUACUGUUUUCUAUCAAGGUAUAAUAAUAUUGUGUAUACUGUAUAUUAUAUAUAUAUAUAAAUCAGCACUAAAAGCAAUAAGUUUUAAUGCAAGGAGCAAACUAUAAAGUGUUUGUGAAAAAAAUAUAUUCAAUUACUUUAGGUACUUUGAAUUUAAUAUCAACGUAAAUUCUGAUUCAGUUAUAUCCUACAAUUUUCAAUUAAUUAUAUAAUAUCUCUAUUUUCCCACUAAGUAUGGUCCAUUACAUAUAAUAUGUAAUGUUAAUACCAAAUAGUUAAUACAUGUAUGUAUAUUUUUUAUUGAUCAAUAUAAAUUUCAUAUUAAUAAAAUUAUAUUUGUUUAACAAAUUUUACAGAACUUUAUGAUUUUCUCAUGUGAAAAUGCUGAACAACUAAUACAUUUUUUUAGAAAUACAUUUAUAUUUCAACCUAUGUAGUGGCUUUUUUUUAUUAAUUAUUUUUUACAUAAUGUUUUUUUAAUAUAGAAUUUUUUUUUUAGAUACAUAGAGCACCUUUAGCUCUCAUGGAAGACCUAGAAAUGGAAACAGCUGCAUAA